UCCAAAUAUGGGGUGCAUCAUAAAAUGGGGACCUCCUAUCAUCCACAUUGUAGCGGCCAAACGGAAGUGUCAAAUAGGGAGGUGAAGCUCAUCUUGGAGAAAACCGUGAACCGAUCUCGCAAGGAUUGGUCAUUAAAGCUCGAUGAUGCUUUAUGGGCUUAUAGGACAGCUUUUAAGACACCAAUUGGCACAACCCCUUACAAGCUUGUGUAUGGCAAAUCAUGCCACUUGCCAGUUGAAUUAGAGCACAAAGCAUAUUGGGCCAUCAAGCUUUUGAAUUUUGAUCUCAAGUCAUCCGGGGAAAGACGACUUUUGGAUGUUCAUGAGCUCGAAGAGCUUAGGCGGGAUGCCUAUGAAAAUGCUAGGAUUUAUAAGGAGAGAACUAAGGCGCAUGGCAUGAUCGAAGGAUAAUGAAGAGUGAGUUCAAGGUAGGAGACAAGGUCCUUCUCUUUAACUCUAGGCUAAGACUCUUUCCG